AUGUUUUUUUUUAAGGAAAAUCCUCGUAUCAACGACUGGUUGCGCUUGGUGGAGAGUGAAAUGCAGAGCACACUGGCACAUUUGCUGAAUCAAUCGUUGUCAGCAUUUGCCAAAUUUGAUAUGAAUUCGAUUGAGCCACAAGAAUAUAUGGCCUGGCUUGACCGAUAUCCA